GAGAUAAUUGGGAGACAAGUUCGCAUGUAAAUUUGUCCUUAAUUGCCUUUUUUUUCGGAUACAGGAUGUGAAUUUUGUCUACAAUUGAAAGCCAAAUUCGUAAUAAGACAUGAAAUAGCUAAUAAUUUGUAUUUAAAUGAUAUUCAAGGACACCCUGUCUAGUUCAGCUAAUUAUUAACUGGAAAUAUUAAUCACGUUCAGAAUACAUUUGUUUGUUUACUGAGAAUCUCCUCUAACCGUCAAUCUUCUUAAUUUUUAGAUUAAUAUUCAUCGGUGACGAGACAGACAAUGUAAUGCCUGGAGCAAUUGACUAUUUAGAGAGGUCACGGUAAACUAAUAACUACCUCCCAAAACGGUCGCGUUUACAUAGAGAAGUGUAUAGAGAUAAAUCAGCGGGAAUAUAUAUGUAGUCGCUUUGAAGAAAAUGUGAGAAAGCAGCCAUGCCAAAAUGAACUAUAGCGGCAUUAAAACGGAUGUAUUCCGCUUGAAUGUUAUGGAUGGAGGAGUUACCAAUUUGACAAACGAGAAUUGGGUUAGGAACAGAUCGUUCCAGGGUCUAGACUAUGGACCUCUAUUGGAGGGCUCAGGGUCAAAACAAUCGGCAUCCGAUUUUCCGAUGUGGAUUCAGGCCGCCUGGAUUGUCGUUUUCGGUGCGAUGAUUAUAAUCGCCACUGGUGGAAACUGCAUCGUCAUUUGGAUCGUUAUCGCACAUAGAAGAAUGAGGACUGUCACCAAUUACUUCCUAGUGAACCUAAGCACCGCGGAUCUCCUUUUGACUGUCUUCAACUGUACUUUUAACUCGUUUUAUAUGAUUCAAAGGAACUGGCCCUUUGGAGCAAUGUAUUGUACAGUAAGCAAUUUCAUUGCUAAUGCAACAGUGGUCGCAAGUGUAUUUACUUUAACCGGGAUAUCAUGCGAUAGAUAUUUAGCUAUAGUCUAUCCGCUUCAUCCGAGAAUGUCAAAAUCGUCGUCACUGUUCACGAUAUUCUUUAUAUGGACAUCCAGUAUGAUUUUUGCCUCUCCAUGUCUGCUUUAUUCCACAACGAUAAUCUAUAGGUAUCGAGGGGUCCAACGGACCGGCUGUAUAAUGGUCUGGCCUGAUAAAAAGCUUAUGGGAUCCAAAUACGAUUUAGGGUAUCAGAUGCUGUUCCUUAUUUUAGCGUAUUUGGUGCCCAUGACGCUGAUGUCGCUGAGUUACACCAUGAUGGGAAAAGAGCUGUGGGGCUCGAAAUCAAUCGGGGAGCUGACUCAGCGUCAGCAGGAUUUAAUCAAAUCGAAACGAAAGGUUGUAAAAAUGUUUAUCCUAGUUGUAGUAAUCUUUGGAAUUUGCUGGCUGCCCUACCACAGCUACUUCAUUUACGUGUACUUUGACACUAGCAUCAUCUACAGCAAAUACACGCAGCACGUUUAUUUAGGAUUUUAUUGGUUCGCGAUGUCUAACGCCAUGUUCAAUCCGCUGAUUUACUAUUGGAUGAAUGCUAGGUUUCGUCAAUACUUUAAAAAAGCGAUGUGCGGAUGGCAUAUUUACUUCAUCACUGUAAAAAGGAACAGUGACACUCAUCAGGCGUCACCGAAAAAUUCUGCAGACUCAAAAUCUGGUGCCCUAAACAACUUAUCAGUGAAGGCGGUUAAGCAAUCCGAUAACGCGUUUAAAGAUGAAAAGAGACACUAUGCCCUUAUAGCAGGAACCAAUGGUAUUCCACGAGAGCAACAGAGACGGAUGAGCAAUCGAGCUACCAGGACUACUUCGUUAAAAAAGGAUUUAAGAAAAACCACGUUUUUGUGAAUCACUAAAAUAGUGUCGUGCGGGUCGUGUACUUUUAAGUUAUGCCUCUUGUUUGGCAUUUUUUUUUGUGUAAAUGAAAUCUAUAAGAUCAUGAAGACAUUAAUAGUGUUGUGAGUGUGUGACUUCUUCGAAAGAUACCCAUUAUGCUAGGUUUAAUCUUGCUGCCUAAUACCCCACUAAAUUAAAUUAAUUUUAUACAAAAAAAAAUUGUUUUAAGGGUAAUAAGAGCAAAACAUAUUUAUAUAUUUAUUCCUGUGAGUAAAAUUCACUAAAACGUGCCCAAUUUAAUUAAAAUCCUUUGUCUGUACUUUGUACUUUAAUCGGCCUAACACUUUCGCGUUUGGAAACCGAAUAACUGCGUGAGUUUCACACUUUUAGAAACCCCCGAGCGGAAAACUUCAUUACGAAUGGGGAGUAGAACAAAAAUAAAAGAACUUCUCAAUUAUCCCUUGUUACCUGAAAAGACCCUAGUGUUCUUAUAUAAGUUCGUAAUCAUUUUUUUUUAAUAUCACAAAGUGAUUUAGGGGUUGAAGUUGUUGGAGUUCCUUGGUCUCUUAGAAUAACUUUAUACAGGCCUGAAUGCACUGGGAAGGGUUUAUAUUGACAUAUGUUCUAAAGCUCUUAGUGGUACGCCAUUUAUCUUGCACUAAAUUUGUUCUCUGGACUAACCUUUGGUAUGAGGUACAUGCAGAAGGCAACAUUAUUCCAAAUCUUUUAUAUAAACUGAAAAUUCCUGAAUAAUUUCGUGCGAAAUGCCUGGAAUAAAACUAAAAUUUAUUUGAAAUGCCUGAAAAUUAAUUUAAAAUAACAAAUUUUUUCAUAUGCUAAUUAUAUAAAUUACAGGAUUUUUUAUGUAUUUUGUUUGAUACCAAAUUUUCAAUUUUUGAAAAUAUUAAAAAAAAAAGUAUUGAAUCCUCUUUAUACUGUAGUCCUUAGUAGUGGAAUAAAGUGGGAUUUACCAUAGAAACUUUGGCGCCCAACAGUGUGGAAUAUGACUAUUAACUCCUUUAAUGAUGACGCAAUUAUAGUAAUUGAAUAAUGACGCAAUUUGUUGUAAUAAUUAUAAACAGGUUUAAUUUAAUUAUUUAGUUAAAUGUUCCUAAACUGAGCGUCUAUCGUAGUUUUAUCUAUGGUUAGUCGGUUGCUUUAUUAAUGAGCAGACGCUGGUUUAAAGGUGAGAGACCCUGAAUUGAAUUACUCUAAAAAUUAUUUUUUGUCUAGGAAAGACUUUCAAGUGGAGAAAUUUCUUCAAUUUAGGGAAAAAAUUGCAUUUAAUUUUUUUUAAUGGAAAUUGUAGCAGGUUUAGAACAAUACGGUUUUAAUGAAAGAUGUGUUAAAUAAAUGAAAGUAUGUAAGGGUGAAAGAAGAUUGACUUUAUAUCUAAUAGAUUUUGAGAAAUUAGCGAAAAAAUGUAAUUUUUUAAAGUCGUUAUUUUCGACUCCUAUGCAAAAAAAUAUUUUUUUUAUUUUUGUAGCACAAUAAUAAGGCAAUUAAUAAGUGUUUCUCUUCUAUUAUCCAAAAAAAGUAGCAGGAAAUGAGUUAUUUGAGUAUUUCUGAUUUUUUACAAGAUUUUAUGUUCUUAAAUUGUAGAAAAGGUCAAACUUUUGGUUUUUUUAUUCCACGCUGUUGGGCGCCAAAGUUUCUACAGUACAUCCUGCUCCACUGCAGUUUUCGUCUUUAACAUAAAAAAACAUCUACAGGAAAGUAUUUUAUUAAUAUUUAUUUUUUUUGCUUAAAAUACUUGAAUGCUAAAAAUCCCAAUAUUAAAAAAUAAAAAUAUUAAACAAAAAACAUGAUAAAUACAGAAUUGUUCCAUGUAUUUGUGUGUUUUUUUUUUAUAUUAAGUAUAUAAAAAUCGUUUGUUUUAUCACAGUUGGGCGCCAAAGUUUCCACCGAAAAACUAGUCAAAAUUUCCGAGGAAAUUUAAUGAAAAAUCCACUUUUUAUAAAUAAAUUAAUAAAUAAAUAAAAAAACAGAUUAUUAUUAUUAUUAUUAUUAAUUAAUAAGUUUAAGUUAUUCGACCAAAAAAAAACAAAUAUUUUUAAAAUAUUUUAGGAAACUUAAACUCCUGGAAUAAUAUUAAUAUUUUUAUAAAAUGCCUGGAAUUUCAUGGGAAAUGCCUGGAAUAAAACUAAAAUUUAUUUAAAAUAAAUGCCUAAAAAUUAAUUUAAAAUAACAAUUUUUUUUAAUAUGCUAAUUAUAUAAAUUACAGGAUUUUUUAAGUAUUUUGUUUGGUACCAAAUACGGUUCUAAUGAAAGAUGUGUUGAAUAAAUGAAAGUAUAUUAAGAGUGGUAGAAUCAAAAAUGAAAUUUAUUGAAAAUUUGACUCAAGGAAUUAAAAAUUCCUUGACGAUUGACAACAAUCUAAGGUAACCAUUACGCAAACUGUAUAAAUUAUUUUCUAGCAGUGAGCAUUAGCAAAACCGACUAUUCGCUAUCAAUUGGUUUAUAAAAAAAGAAUAAACAUUAAAAAAUAUUAGAAAAAUCUCAAUAAAAUAAUUAUCCUUUUACAAAGGUGCUGAACAAAUAAAAAACGAUAGCCCCUUAAAACUGCUUAAUAUAAUUGUAAAAAAUACAAGGGUCAGAAUAAACCUAACAUUUCACCAGUGCUGUAUCAAACUAAGGUUUCAGGAUGCAAUUAAAUGUUUUAAAUAUAAAAUAAGGUUUUCUAUAUAUAAGAUAUUCAUUCACACUCAUUUAUAUGUUUUUAGUUAGUUCCUAAUUAUAUUAGUUUUUAUACGUUUCUAAAUUAUUUCCUAUAAAAAUAAGACUUUGAGACUAACAAUAAACGAGAACUAAUGUAUAUUUUUACUAAUCAAGUGUAAUAUAUCGCAAAUAUAACGUUAUAUAUAUGUUUCAAAUAAAUACAA